AUGCCACCCCCACAUUCUAGAGUUGCUUUGUCAGAAAAAACAUUUAAUGUAUUGAAGGAAUGGGGUAUUGAUAGGAAAAUAUUUUCCAUCACAUUGGAUAAUGCAACUGCUAAUGAUAGUAUGCAAGAUAUUCUAUCAAGUCAAUUGUCUUUGCAAGCACCUUUAGUAAGUGGCGGUGAAUAUUUUCAUGUAAGGUGUUGUGCUCAUGUUUUGAAUCUUAUUGUUCAAGAAGGCUUAAAAGUGAUUGAACGUGUUGUGUAUAACAUUAGAGAAAGUGUCAAGUGGAAUUCAACUUUCACGAUGAUAGAAAGUGCACUCAUAUAUCGACAGGCUUUAAUUCAUUAUGCUUUACUUGAUGCAAAUUACAAGUAUUGUCCGUCAAAUGAAGAGUGGAAUAGAGCUGAGAAGUUCGAUAAAUAUUGGAAGUGUUAUAGUGUCAUUUUGGCAUUUGCAAUUGUUCUUGAUCCUCGUUACAAGCUUCAAUUUGUCAAAUUUUGUUACUCAAAAAUUGAUUCCUCCACUUCUCGGCAAAAGCUAGAUCUCCUUCAUCAGAAGUUGUACUCUCUAUUCCAAGAUUAUGCAAACAAAUCAAAAUCUUCUUUGGAAUCUACUGCUCUAUCUACUGGGGGUACUGGUGGUAGUGACAAUCUCAUUAGAGAUGAGCUUUCGAUCGUUAGUGUUGACGUUGAAUGGCUUCAGGCAGCUAACAUGAAACACAGGAUGCACUUUCAUCCAAGUCAGAGGGUCAAUUAUGUAAGAGGCCUUCCCGACUUUGGCCAAGAUGGGGACUAG